GCUGCCUGAGAGGCUAACCUCAGGGCGAAAAAAUCACACUAUUUCCUGAGCUAACAACACUCGCUUCGGCUUUGACAGAUAACCUCAACCCACCUUUAAAACCUACAUUUUGUUAGGAUACCGUUACAAAACUUGGCAAAAUGCCUUUUGGAAGAUAUACAGUUCGGUGAAGUAGGUCGUUGUUUAUGCCAGUCAACAAUUGCCCCAGAUAUACUAGCUUCUGGUUGCUAAAUUAUCCUAGCUAGCUCAUAAGCUACAUCGCUAGCUAUCUAGCAUCAGCAAGCUUUCUAACGGUGGCUAAACAGAUUCGCUUACUAACAGGCUGGAUGUGAGUGACAGCUUGGUUACCUGUUAUUACCGGACAACAACAGUGAAAAAGAAGAGCGGGGAUGGUGCAGCCCCAACCUGAUGGCCCAAUGCAGUGGGACAUGUCAGGAGAAGAGAGUGGUGGGACCCUCAGGGUCCCACCGGAGCUGGCUGCCAAUGAGGUUGUGACCAGGUUGCUGGGUGACAACCAGCAGCUUAGAGAGGCCUUGCGGCGGAGCAACCUCGCCUUACGUCAGCGCUGUGAGGAAAUGGAAGGAUGGCAGCAGAGGACAAGAGGUGAACGAGAAUUUCUCAGCUGUCGUUUCCAGGAGGCCAGGGCCCUGGUGGAGAGGCUGGCCCAGGAAAACCACUCUCUGCAGGGUCUGGUGAACGGACCAGCCUCCUCCUCUAACCACUGCUGCAGCUCCAGCCAGACUGAAGAUCUGCAGGGGCGCAGACAACUGGACGGAGCACAGACACUAGAUCAGCUGGAGAAGAAGAGAGUUGAAGACAUGGAUCAACACACACAGACCACGCCACCUCGCAGCCUGGGCGAUGCGAGUGUGCAUAGCUCUUUGAGUAGCGCCCUCCCCUCUCCCUCCACCUCACUUUCAGAGGUAUGGGGGGAGAUAGUGGGCAGGAAAGAUGGCCAGCCUGUGGAAGGUGCAAAUGAUUUCCUCCUGUUGCUAAAGAGCCACAAAGAGAAACUGGAGGAAGGGAUGAGAGAUAUGAGGAAGAAGAAUGACGAGCUGGAGAGGGAGAAGGACGAGGGGGAGAAAGAGAGAGAGCGAAUGCGGCGCUGCAUUGACCAGCUACGGGGCAAACUGGCACAGGCAAGCAAUAUUACAGAGGAGGCGGCCCAACAUCGCUCUGAAGCACAGCACUCCUCUGACUGCUCUAGCCUGGCUAAACUCACAGAGCAGCUUCAGGCCACACAGGGCAGGUAUCGUGAGUUGGAGGAAAAGCUUGAUUACCUGCAGAAGAGUUCAGCUCAGCGGGACAGAACUGAAACUCUGCUCAAACAGAAGGACAAGGACUGUGCACAGCUGGCUAAGGACUGCGAGGCUCUGAAAGCCCAAGCAACAUCCCUAUUAGGAGAACUGAAUGAAAGACAGAGCUGCCUGGAGAAAAGCGAGCAUGAACGCAAAGUAUUGGAAGAAAAGCUGAGCAGUAAGAUGAAGGCCCUGCAGGUGGCAGAGAGGGAGUUUGAGCAGCAGAGGAAGCAGCAUCAUGUGGCCAUGGACAAGCUGCUGCUGCAGACCCAGAGCCUGGAGCAGGCCCUGAAGACAGAGAGACAUGUUGUCACGGAGGAGAAGAAAAAACUGACACAAUUGCAGCAUGCCUACACGUGUCUUUUUAGAGACUAUGAUUCUAAACUGAAGAGUGAGGGAGGAGAUCUGUGCAGCCGGCUAGAGGAGGCAGAGCGAGCGCUGGCCCUGAAGCAGGAUCUGAUAGAUAAACUGAAGGAGGAGGUGGAGCAACAGAAAGGCUCCCUGGAGACUGUCCCAGUCCUCACUGCACAGGCUGAGAUCUACAAGGCAGACUUCCUCGCAGAGCGAGAAGCGAGAGAGAAGCUGAACCAGAAGAAAGAGGAGCUGCAGGAUCAGCUGACUCAGGCCCUGGCUGAGAUUGAAAGGCUCAAGCAGGAAGCCACAUCACGUGCACGUAUGGAGCAAAUGAAGCUGAGACACCUGGAAGACUUUCCAACACGGGCGCCACACAUUCCCCCACCACAAGCUUUCAACACGGUGCCCCCUGCUCCCUCGUUCCGCAAUCAGGGUUUGGCACCACUGGGUGAUCAAGGGGUAGCCGGAACUGAGGAGCUGCCAGAUUUAUGUUGUCCAAAGUGCCAGUAUCAGGCUCCAGAUAUGGACACACUGCAGAUACAUGUCAUGGACUGUAUACAGUAACAUGAGAAUAGUUCACCACGUAUACAUAUAUACAUAUACAGUAGAUUUACGUCUACUCCCAGCUCUGGGCACAGCCUCGAAAAAACAUGUUUGGUAGUUGCCCCUUACUCUCUCUGCCAUGUAAACACACACACACAAACCUGACUACAGACUGAGCAUCUUACCAUUUAAAAAAUCUAAUAUGUUGGAAUCAAGACAAGUGGCAAUCAGAUGAUAGUAUGAACAAGUGAGAGAAGAGAAUGAUGGCAAGAUAAUCAGCAUGGUAUUUUCCUAGAAGGGCUCCAUUGAUUCAGAACUCUGCUGUAGCUUUUACAUUUUACAACCCGUCCUUUUCUCGUCGUUCUCUUUUCUCCCAGCACCUGUUCUUUUAUUUUGCCUCUUCCCUCUCUCCAUGCCUUGCCUCCUAGAUGGCCCACUGAUGCACAUGUCCAUCAGUAUUUAUAUAUGAUCCCUAAUUGUCCCUCUUCACUCUUGUGGGAUAGUGGCAAUUGAGGAGGAAUAAGUGUGUAUACUUUGACUGCAUCUCCAGGUUAUACACGUAUACAAUAAUUGAGUGACAGUUCAGGGGUACUUUUUCCCUCAAAGGAGAAAACGUGACAAUGUGAAUAACCUAGUGAGCUUUAAAUAAUAUACAAUAUUCAAAUAUGUUUUGGUCAUGAAUGUUGCUGUCUACAUUUCCUCGAAACAUGUAUUAUUAUAUAUUAGAGAUGGAUUCACGCUUAUUAAAAAAAAAAAAAAAAAAAAAAGUAGCCAUUCUCUGUGUCCUAUGCCUGUGUACACCUUUGACUGCACCACUGCUUUAAA